CCGCUUCAAACUCAUUUAGUGAAUUUUAGGUGUACCAAUGACACUCAAACGUAUUUCGAGUGCUCUGAAGCUGCUGUAUGUAUUCAUCUUCCUACCUUUUGUGGCUGUUGACCGGCCUUCAAAACCUCGAACUACUAGCAAUGGCGAUGCCUUGGGCGAUGCGCGCUCUGCUGCUCCUUUCAACACUCUGUCUCUCGGCCCAGUCGAAAAGCGACACGAACCACGUAUACUCGCCGUGCUCCGAUGCAAAGAUACAGAGGUCCGACGGGUUUACCUUCGGGGUUGUGUUUGCUCCCCGCAAUGCAACCUUUGUCACCAGAAACAACAACGCCGUCCAGCUCUCCCCAUGCGAUAGCCGCCUUUCUCUGUCCGGAAACGCUCAGAUCGCUGUUUUCCGGCCCAAAGUCGACGAGAUCUCUCUCCUCACCAUCAACACCUCCAACUUCUUUCCGGAUUCCUAUGGUGGGUAUAUGGUGGCAUUUGCAGGUCGAAAAUAUGCUGCAAGGUCUGUCCCAGCUUUUGUUGCAAAUAGCAGUUACAUUGUGACAAGCUUUACAUUGGUUCUUGAAUUCAAAAAGGGCAGGCUGCAAAACCUGUUCUGGAAGAGGGACGGGUGCACAUCUUGCAAGCACUCCUCAAACUUCGUGUGCCUCAAUCAUCAAGACUGUGCAAUGAAGGUCAGCUCCUGCAAGAACCGAGGAGGCAAUGUGGACUGUAGCCUUGGAAUACAGGUUGCGUUUUCCGGCACCGAUGGGCACGAGUCGGUCUUCAACUCGUGGUACGAAGUGAAGAACCUUCGCCAGUACUCGCUGUACAGCGUAUAUUCCAAUCUCAAAGAUUCCCUUACCAGCCAAUACAAUAAAUUCUUCUGAUUUUGUGUUUGGUGUUGUGCAUAUAUCUUGGUUUCUUCUCACUGGUCAUUUUUUCUUUCCGGAUUUCAAAACACCGUUCUCUAUGUGUGCUGAUGGUGAACAACAUUUGGAUGGUUCUGAGAAGUGUAUUAAUUAUAAUUUGUAUUUGGGCUCUACUGCAUAUAGGAUGAUGGGGAUGAAGUAAACGCAACCAGCCAUU